AUGGACAAUCGUGAUGCGAAUGGAGAGAACGAUUGCGAUGGGGAGAGAGGAAGGGCGUCGGGAGGGUCGAUUGGUCGACAGCGGAGGCGAAUAGAAGGGAGUGGGGAGAAGGGGGGCGACGGGAUGGGAGGGGAGAGAGGUUGGACGACGAGAUGGGAGGGGAGAGAGGAGGAACGCCGGGAGGGGAGGGAAGAGAGGAGGGACGACGGGAUGGGAGGGGAGAGAGGAGGGACGACGGAGGGGGAGGGGCGAGAGGAGGGACGACGGGAUGAGACUGGAGAUAGAAGGAACGGCGGGAUUGGAGGGGAGAGAGGAAAGGACGACGGGGUUGGAGGGGAGAGAGGACAUAGCGAGGGGAUGGGCAGCGCCAAUGGGCGAUACGCGGCGAAAGUCGUAGCUUAUUGGUAUGACAGCAACGCGGCGGUGUAUCGUGUUUCCUCACUCGGUCGCCUUGGCAUCGCCCUUCCUCAAACAUCACAUUUGGCCCUAUCGCCUUCUGCGUACCCUACGCGCACGCCCACGCUUCCCCCCACCCUUUCCCUCACCGUUGCUCAUGCUUCCCCUCUACCGUCGCUCACGCUUCCCCUUACCGCCGCAUGCGCUGCCUCCUGCUCCGUGGGUGCACCCACGCUUCCCCACACCAUCGCGCACGCCUUCCCCCACAUUCACACACGCUCAUCGCCCACGCUUCUUCUGACCGUCACCCCCGCUUCAGCCCACCGUCACCGACGCUUCCUCUUACCGUCGCCCACGCUUCCUCUUACCGUCGCCCACGCUUCCUCUUACCGUCGCCCACGCUUCCUCCCACCGUCGCCCACGCUUCCUCCCCGUCGCCCACGCUUCCCCCCACCGUCGCCAACGCUUUUCCCCACCGUCGCCAACGCUUUUCCCCACCGUCGCCAACGCUUAACCCCACCGUCGCCCACGCUUCCCCCCACCGUCACCCACGCUUCCCCCCACCGUCGCCCACACUUCCCCCCACUGUCGCCCACGCUUCCCCUGCCAUCGCCCUCCCUGUCGCCCGGGAAUCCCCCCUCCCGCCGGCCUCCCUCCCCUCCCGCGAAGAAUCCCCCCGUCCUCUCAUUACCCCGGCCUCUCAUCCCCCUGUCCCCUAUCCUCUCGUCCCCCUCGUCGUCUCGUCCCCCCGUCCUCUCAUCCCCUCGUCCUCUCAUCCCCCUCGUCCUCUCAUCCCCUCGUCCUCUCAUCCCCCCGUCCUCUCAUCCCCUCGUCCUCUCAUCCCCCCAUUACGCUCGUCCCCUCGCAAACCCCGUCUCCCUAUCUCCCCCACAUUCACACACGCUCAUCGCCCACGCUUCUUCUGACCGUCACCCCCGCUUCAGCCCACCGUCACCGACGCUUCCUCUUACCGUCGCCCACGCUUCCUCUUACCGUCGCCCACGCUUCCUCUUACCGUCGCCCACGCUUCCUCUUACCGUCGCCCACGCUUCCUCCCCGUCGCCCACACUUCCCCCCACCGUCGCCAACGCUUUUCCCCACCGUCGCCAACGCUUUUCCCCACCGUCGCCAACGCUUAACCCCACCGUCGCCCACGCUUCCCCCCACCGUCACCCACGCUUCCCCCCACCGUCGCCCACGCUUCCCCCCACUGUCGCCCACGCUUCCCCUGCCAUCGCCCUCCCUGUCGCCCGGGAAUCCCCCCUCCCGCCGGCCUCCCUCCCCUCCCGCGAAGAAUCCCCCCGUCCUCUCAUUACCCCGGCCUCUCAUCCCCCUGUCCCCUAUCCUCUCAUCCCCCUCGUCGUCUCGUUCCCCCGUCCUCUCAUCCCCUCGUCCUCUCAUCCCCCUCGUCCUCUCAUCCCCUCGUCCUCUCAUCCCCCCGUCCUCUCAUCCCCUCGUCCUCUCAUCCCCCCAUUACGCUCGUCCCCUCGCAAACCCCGUCUCCCUAUCUCCCUGUCCCCCUCGUUCUUUCCCCUGGUGAAGCAGAGGAGCAACAGUUGCUAG